CCCUCUAGGACAGCUCUAAAUGCGACUUGAGGCCUCCUCAGCUUCGUCUCCAGCUCCUCAUCCUCCUUCUCGGUACAGCACGCAGCACGCUCGCUUACGCGCCCGCCCGCCCCAACUCGUCCAUCUGCGCCCCGCAUCGGCCGGCCAUGCCCUCCACACCCACCUCGCGCUCGCCGCUCGCUCCCUCGCGCCAAGUCGUGGCGCCUUCCCGCGUCGACGAUGCCUUCUUCAGCGCCUCUGCGGCCAGCAGCAGCAGUGCACUGCGCGGCAAUCUCUUCUGCAGCACGUCCAGCUCCUCACUCCACUCCUCGGCCGCAAGUCACGAAGACGCCGCGCUGCUCCUCGAGCUGCGCGCAGCCGACGAGCUCGAGCUCGCUGCGCCGGUGCAGAAGCGUGCUCGACGUGCAGAGCGGGGCGAGGAGGAUGGCGCACAUGCUGUGACUGCGUCGGUGUCGCAAGCUGCAAGACCGCUCAUGAGGCCCGGAGAUGCGUCGCCGGAGCAUCUGCGUCGGCUGGAACGGCUGGUGGCAAAGGAGGAGAAGGCGGAGAAGGAACUGGCCGCGAGGAGCAAGAGCUCGCCGGCGAAAAGCGGCGGCGUGUAGUUUGUCGGACAGGAGAGGUGAGGUGGACAGGCUGCGUGGGAGGGUUGUA